GCCUAAUAAUUCCCAGAAUCUACUUUAGACCGCGACCAUCGAAACUUUGCAUCUAACUCUAGGCAGGCGAUAAUGGCGUCGAAGCAAGAAUACAGCAUCCCUUAUACACCUCUUCCUUCAUCAUCAUCACAGCCUUCUCAAACCGUCAUCGUUUUAACUCCUUAUCGCCGCCACCGUCGCCCUUUCUUCCUCCGCAACCUCCGCUGCUCUCUCCUCUUCACCGCCGCAAUCCUCCUCCUCUCCGCCGCCGUUUACCUCCUCUACCCUUCCGAUCCAGAAAUCAAAGUCUCUCGAAUCCAGCUCAACCACAUACGAGUCCUCGAUUCGUUUAAACCCACCCUCGAUCUCUCGUUUUCCCUCACGAUCAAAGUCAGGAACCGCGACUUCUUCUCCCUUGAUUACGAUUCGCUCGUGGUCUCGAUCGGGUAUAGAGGGAGAGAGCUAGGGCUUGUCAAGUCUAAUGGCGGACACCUUCGCGCUCGUGAUAGCUCUUAUAUUAAUGCCACUCUUGAACUCGAUGGUCUAGAGGUUGUUCACGAUGUGAUUUAUUUGAUCGGUGAUUUGGCUAAAGGUGUUAUUCCUUUUGAUACGAUCGCUCAGGUCAAAGGUGAUCUUGGUGUUCUUCUCUUUCAAAUCCCAAUUCAGGGAAAAGUGUCAUGCGAGGUGUUUGUUAAUGUUAACAACCAAAAAAUUCACACCAAGAUUGUCAUCGUAAGUGAAACAAAAUCCUGAGCUGGUCCAAACAUGAGAGAGGAGUAGACCAGAGAUACAUAUGUUGAAUACUUGAAUAUCUUUUGGAUAUGGAGAAAUGAUUUGUAAGAUAUUUGUAUAGAUAAAUACUACUGGAUUGCCAUUUCUUAGUCGUGUAAUUUCGUACGUGAACUAUACUUUAACGAGAUAGUAACAAUUGGGUCAA